AGAAGCUGGCUGGCGGUGCUGAAGAUGGCGGAUGGUGACAGUGGGAGCGAGCGCGGUGGUGGCAGCAGCGGCGGAGGGGGAGGUGGAAGCGGGCACCAGCCCUUCCAGAGAGAGCAGGAGACACAGGAGUUGGCGUCCAAGCGGCUGGACAUCCAGAACAAGCGCUUCUACCUGGAUGUCAAGCAGAACAACAAGGGCAGGUUCAUCAAAAUUGCCGAGGUGGGGGCCGGGGGCUCCAAAAGUCGCCUGACCCUGUCCAUGUCAGUUGCGGCGGAGUUUCGCGAUUACCUGGGAGAUUUCAUAGAGCACUACGCCCAACUGGGGCCUAGCAGCCCGGAGCAGAUCGCACAGUCCUCUGUCGGAGAGGACGGUGGGCCCAGGCGAGCCCUGAAGAGCGAGUUCUUGGUCCGGGAGAACCGUAAAUACUACCUCGAUCUGAAGGAGAACCAGCGGGGGAGGUUCUUGCGGAUCCGACAGACCGUCAACCGAGGGCCCGGGUUCGGAGUAGGUGGGCCGGGAGGAGGCAUGCAGGCCGGCCAGACCAUAGCCCUUCCGGCCCAAGGCUUAAUAGAGUUUAGAGACGCCCUUGCAAAGCUUAUAGAUGAUUAUGGUGGAGACGACGAGGAAUUGGCCCGUGGAACGGCGGUUGGGGGCUAUGGGGAGCUUCCUGAGGGCACAUCCAUCAUGGUGGACUCUAAACGGUUCUUUUUCGACGUCGGGUCAAACAAAUACGGCGUGUUCCUGCGAGUGAGCGAGGUCAAACCGAGCUACAGGAACUCAAUCACCAUCCCGUUCAAAGCAUGGGGAAAGUUCGGAGGUGCUUUCAGCCGGUACGCCGAGGAAAUGAAAGAGAUCCAGGAGCGACAGCGGGAUAAAAUAUGGGAGCAGAGCAGUGUGUCACCUCCCACAACAAUGUGGCCUGGUAUCAAGAGAGUGGCAGGCCUGUUAACCAAUCGGCAACAAGAAAGGACAGUCUCUUCCUACUGUGUGCGUCCCAUCCCACAGGAGCCUGCUUCCCAGUUCAGAACAGUUAGCGCACAUAUUAUGCCACAACGUUGACAUUUUUUGUACGUUUGGUCUUCUGCAAGGGUUUUUUCGGGCUGUUUGUGCACAUUUUUUCUCUCGAAUGCAAGCCGGAGAAAGUCGGUAGCCCCUUUUGACAGAUUGGACAACAGUAGAGAUUUUUCAAUGAAGUGAUUGUUUUCAUUCAAUGAGAGACUAAUCGUUUUAAUGCCAAUUUUUUUUAUUUGAGAAAUACUGCACCAAAUGUCUUCGAUGUAAAAACAUCUAAAUUAAUGACAUAGUGUGCACGAACAGCUGAAAAACCCUUGCCAUAGGCCAAAACGAACAAAAACAUCAAUUUCGUCAUAAUAUAUGCGCAAACUGUUUUGGAUGGGAAGCAUGCGGACGCCUUUACCCACACACCACGGGAGCCUUCUGAUAUGGCCAUUGGAAUUGAUCACUGGGUGAAAUCCAGAGGAGCUGCUACUACUACUGUCACCCAGCCAGCCAAGAGUGUGUAGGGCAUCAAUGAUAAGGUACCAGCACUCUGUCUCAGAGCCCAGGCAUCAACACUCUGUCUCAGAGCCCAGGCAUCAACACUCUGUCUCAGAGCCCAGGCAUCAGCACUCUGUCUCAGAGCCCAGGCAUCAACACUCUGUCUCAGAGCCCAGGCAUCAGCACUCUGUCUCAGAGCCCAGGCAUCAACACUCUGUCUCAGAGCCCAGGCAUCAACACUCUGUCUCAGAGCCCAGGCAUCAGCACUCUGUCUCAGAGCCCAGGCAUCAACACUCUGUCUCAGAGCCCAGGCAUCAACACUCUGUCUCAGAGCCCAGGCAUCAACACUCUGUCUCAGAGCCCAGGCAUCAGCACUCUGUCUCAGAGCCCAGGCAUCAACACUCUGUCUCAGAGCCCAGGCAUCAACACUCUGUCUCAGAGCCCAGGCAUCAGCACUCUGUCUCAGAGCCCAGGCAUCAACACUCUGUCUCAGAGCCCAGGCAUCAGCACUGCCACAUCACCUCACUACCCCUCUGGACAGUAACAACUGGAUAAAUGGUUUCCUUUUUAUUUAGAAAGAUAACUAUAUUGAAAGAAAAUGAUGCUUAUAAGUGAGAUGAUUUAAAAAAAAAAAAAAAA